GGAAAUAUUCCUUUGAACUUUAUUGAAUGGGUGCGGCAGGCUCUUUGGUCCUUUAAAAGGUCAAUCAACUGGCAUUCCGGCAGCCAAGGUUUUUAACAGUAGAAAUUGAUUAUCUUUGUCCAUUUUUCAGAUCGAGCCGUACGGAAAAAAUGGAAAACGUACGCUUCGCUGGUGCUGCCGGCGUACUGGAAGCACUAACAAGGCGUGUUGUGGAAUCGAUGGUGGACGUUUUGGUCGUGGAGAAGAAAGUGAACUACCAGAUGCUGGAGAAGGCGACGACUCUGUUGUCAAUAACUGAUGCAGUUAUGAACGACGCUGAGAAGGAGCAGAUCAGGAAUCCAGAUGUCAAGAAUUGGAUUUGUGAGGUCCAAGAUGCAGAGUUUUGUGUACAAGAUUGUUUGGAAAUGAUAGCAUAUGAAGCUUUGAGAUGCAAAGUCCAAAGCAGCCAAUCUGGUAAUGUUUCAACCAAGGUACUUUCUUCUUCGGAAUCAUCUAUUACUACUACUACUACUUUUGAUGCCAAAAUGUUAAAUCUUCGCAUCUGUCAAAUCCAUGACAAAUUAGAGUCACUCGUGACACUCAAAUCUUCUUUUGGUCUCAAAGAAGAUGUUCAAAACAGACUUAUGCAAAAACUAUGUGCAACUGUGUUUUUGGAAGCUGUUCCUCAGAAUUAUUUCCACCAAAAUAUGCCACUAGAUGUAUUAGCUUCUGAUGUUUAUGGCAGAGAAACUGAGAAAGAGGAUCUUAUUAAGCUAUUGCUAUCUGAUUAUGAUGAUGAUGAUGAUACUGUCAACAAUAUAUCCGUCAUCCCUAUAUGCGGCAUAGGUGGGAUUGGCAAGACCACCCUUGCUCAGCUGGUUUUUAACGAUUCAAGGGUGAAUAAACAUUUUGACUUGAAAGCAUGGGUGUCUGUAUCAGAACAAGAAUUUGAUAUCUUCAAAUUUACCAAAUCUAUCUUAGAGACUGUUACUUGUAAACCCUGUUAUUCCAAGGACCUAAAUUUUCUCCAAUUUAAACUACACGAGGAAUUGAUGGGGAAAAGGUUCUUGCUUGUCCUAGAUGAUAUUUGGGAUGGGAAUUCCAUCCAUAAGGAUUCCUUGAAGAUUCAUUUUGGAUCUGUAAGGCAUGGAAGUAAGAUAGUUGUGACAACCCGAAGUAAGGAUGUUGCGCAUAUGAUUGGGGAUGUUCCAUCUUUUAAUUUACAGAUGUUAUCAUUUCAACAUAGCUUCCAAUUGUUUGCAAAGCAUGCCUUUAACAAAGUUGAUUCGGGCGCAUUUUCACAUCUACAGAUCAUUGGUAGAAAAAUUGUUAAAAAGUGUGAAUGUCUUCCUUUAUCUGUAAAACUACUUGGUUGCCUUUUGAGAUUCGACUUUCAGCUGGAAGCAUGGGAAAGCAUACUAAACAGCGAUGAGUGGGAUUUAUACAAUGGCAUUUCAAUCUCAGAAUCUCAACAUAGUUCACCAAUCACAGAGCCAAAAGAAACCGUAGUUCCUCCUGCUCUUUGGUUGAGCUAUCAUUACCUGCCCAGACAUCUUAAGAGAUGUUUUGCUGUCUGUUCUAUAUUUCCCAAACAUUAUCAAGUGAAAAAGGAAACGCUAAUCAAGAUAUGGAUGGCACUGAGCCUUUUGCAACCCCAAAAGGAUAUGAGAAUUGAAGAAGUUGGACACAUUUACUUAAAUCAUCUUAUGUCAAGGUCAUUGCUUCAGCAAUCAAGAUCCAGUCAAUUAUCUGUCACCAUGCAUGACCUGUUGCACGACUUUGCUACAUUAAUUUCCAAAGAAUAUUACUUCAAGUUAGAUGACCAAGUCUCACUUUCUCUUGUAAGCAAGAUGCAGGGAAAAAACUCUGAGAUUCAGAAGCCUAAGAGUUUCUCAAAAGCUAAGGUUUUGUUUGCCUCAACCGAAACGCCAUGGAGGAAGGUAAUUGGAAAAGUGUCGGUAAGCGAAUUGGUACAGCAUGAAGUAUUGCCAAGACUAGAAAGUUUGAGAGUCUUGUCUUUAGUUUCUUGCCCUAUCUUGUAUUUGCCUUGUUCAGUUUGCAGUUUGAAUAGUUUAAGAUAUUUGGACCUAUCUUUUUCUUUGCUAAAGGAGGUACCCAAUGCAAUUUGCAGCUUGUACAAUUUGGAGACAUUGUUGCUGUCAAACUGUAGAAAGCUUUGUCGGUUGCCAAGUAACAUGGCAAACCUAAUCAACUUGCGCCAUCUUGACAUUAAAAAGACCCGUUUAACAGAAAUGCCCAUGCAGAUGGGUAGAUUAAAGAAUCUGCAAACACUGAGUGACUUUGUUUUGGGAAACCAGAGUGGAUCUGGCAUUGAAGAGUUAAAAGAACUCCAGAAUCUUCAUGGAAAGCUUUGUAUUUCAGGGCUUCAAAAUAUCAGUGAUGUUGGAAAAGUUCUAGAGGCUAAUUUAAAGGAUAAAAAAUUCCUUAGUGAGCUACAUUUGAAAUGGGAUGAUGAUAGUUACACGUCAAACAAAGAAAGAGAAGUGCUUGAUGGGCUGCAACCACUUGCAAACCUAAAGAUAUUGAUCAUCAAACGUUAUGGUGGAAGGACGUUUCCAAAUUGGUUGGGAAGUAAUUUGCAUUGUCAUAUGGUUUCUAUUCGUCUCAAAGACUGUAAAAAUUGCUAUUCAUUGCCACCAUUCGGGCAACUGACCUAUCUGAAAAAGCUUGAUGUUGUUGGAUUUGAUUCGUUGACAACGAUAGGUCGAGAGUUUUAUUGUAAUGGUUCCUCACUGAUCAAGCCAUUUAGGUGCCUAGAAAGUUUAAGUUUCUGUAGUAUGUCAGAAUGGCAAAAUUGGUAUUUAGUAGAUGACUCAGAAGGUGGAGGUUUCCCUAAUCUUCAACCUCUUUACUUGGAGGAUUGUCCAAAGCUAUCUGAGACCUUACCUUAUGGUCUUCCAUCGUUGAGGUCACUUCAUAUUUCAGGAUGCCAACAGAUUGUAGCUUUAACUCCCCACGAUAUGGAGAUGCACGUUGCAUAUCCAUCUCUUCAGACAUUAGAAAUAUAUCACUGUGCCAACCUGCAGUCCUUACCAGGAGGGUCUUGGCCCGCAAAUUUAAAGUUGCUUGUAAUUUCCCAUUGCGAAAAUUUAACUCCCCCAAAUCAUAAGGUCUUUCAUGAUCUCAAGUCUCUUGAAAAGUUAUGCAUUUCGUGGUGACACGAUCUCUAGUGCUUGCCAAAAGCAAAUGUGCCAGCUCAAUUUUCUGAUUCCCAGUAUGUGUGGGUGUUGAUGAGUGAAGAUGGCUGGAGAUUGCUUACGUUGCUCCAGCAUGCUUCCACGGGGAUUGAGAUGCUGAGCAUUCUUUGGAUGUUUCCUAUUCUCUUAUUUCCUCUGAAACGAAUCUGCCAGAGAUGCAAGCAACGCUGAACCAUGAAUACAGGUUGGUUUGAGUGACAUUACACAUGUGCGUUGGCCAACAACGUCCUCUCUGCAGCUUAAAUUCCCAGAGCAGUAUCUUUAGAAUCUCAAGCUCCUUCAUAGACAUCUGAGCUUGGCUAAGCGCCUCUAUCGAAUAAGGAAUUCAAAUCCAUCAGCAGGAAAGACGCGAAGAAAGAAGCUGCCAAGCAGGAAGCUAUCUUAGCUGCAGCAGCAUCAUAGAUAUCCAUGGAUGAGGAGGAUCCGCUCAAUGGCAACUAUGGUGAGACGUCCUCUUGGAGCUCGAAUAGAUGAGUGAGGAUGGAAUUUGAUGGACAAAGCUUAGAUCACUUACAUCUGGACUGAAUGGCAAAUCUGUACUGGAUAAGCGAAUGGGCAAAGGGAAUCGAAGCUGUGGGGAAGAACAUGGCCUUGUGGUUGUCUGAUAGAAAAGUUUCACCGUGCAAUAUUGGCUGCUUGGUUACAGGAAAAGUGAAGAAAAAAGAAAAAUUAAUUGUAUAUUUUUAAAUAAUUUAAAAGAUAUUAAAAGGAUAAUUUAGAAAAUUAAAAUAAUGGAAACUGUAUUGAGUUAUUUUGGUAUUGCAACUAAAAAUUUUCUAAAUGAUUUUAUCCAUGAAGA